CAGGCAGAAUGGGUGUAGUCUUUAUAUUGAUCUACGUUUUUCUCAAAUUCGGAACCCAUAACGUCACAGCAAUCGACUCGAAAAACGAAAAUCUUUCUGGAAAUAUUUGGUAUUCAAAAGAAGGUAAUCCAGAACUAAAUGAGGUAGAAAGAGACUUCAGGAAAUUAUCUCGAAAAGAAAAUCCUUUGAUUAGGUCUGGUAUUUCUGAUUCCCAGAUGAUUUACACUGGGUAUACAGGAGCUUUACUAGUAGUGCAGGAUAAGCCUAAAAAUAACAAAGGACUAGAUGACCGCCCUUUAUUUGAAAAUACAUAUUCCGAUAAUUCGGAUGAAAUGAGCAGUCUGUCCACAAGUGAUCAGUCGUUUAACUUGGAAAAGAAUAAUUCAAGUUAUCCUCCACUGGAUCCUAAACAAAGUGAAUCAUUUCAUGAUGUUAGAAUAUUACGACACUUAAACGUUUCCAGAAAAGGUGCUUCUACAGACUUAAAUUUAUCAGUCUUGUCCGACCGACAUAGGUCAUCAGAACAAUUCAAUUUAUCCAGAAAUGGUAGGUUUUCAACGGAUGUUGGUAAAUCCUACAGUAAAAAACCAUCGCAUAACUUGAACAUUGCCCCCAAAAAGUCGUUUUUAUUCUGGAAAGAUUUAACAACUGAUGAAUCUGAUGUCGCGAUUAACAUCUCAAUGCCCUCUUCUGAAUUAUUAACAUCUAGAGAGCAUGUAGAAUGGAAUGUAUGCAUUAAGGAUGUGGAACACAACAGAACGUGGUCAGAAGAAAAGGGCGGCGUGUUGAUCACAAUGGCUUGUCCAGACUCUUACAAAGGUCAGAUCUUCAGAAUGUGCCACAUUACUGGAUUAUGGGAUGACCCUGAUUAUCAGGACUGCAGACUUGUAAAUCUGGCAAAUUUGAAACAAACGUUACAAAUAACUCACAACCUUAAGAAUGGCCUGGAUAAAGCUUUAGCUUGUUAUAACGUUUUUGGAGAACUUGAAAGUAUCCUGACUGAAGAAAUCAUAUACAAUCAACAAGAUUUAUUGGAGGCCACUGAGAUCAUGACGUAUGCACUUGGAGCGUCGUCAAGCUUAUUAACGCACAGCAAUCUUAGUUCUUCGUUAAUUAGGGUCGUAAUGCAGUGUGUAGACAGGAUUUUAAUGGUCGACUUACUAAAGAAAGAACCAACAUCUAAAGAACAAAGCCUCAGGUACUUCCAAACCCUCAUUCUUGCUCUACAACAGUUUAUUAUGAAGUAUACAUGGGAAUUAGCGGCAUGUCCCAACUUCACGGCACUAAAUCGUCAUGGUUACCAAGCAGCGUUUACUCAUCAUGGUUACCAAAUCUCCGAUAAAUUAGUGAUCUACAAUGACUAUAAAAAUACUCCUGAACGUGAAAGUCAUGCAGGUAGAGAAAUGUUUGAAAGUUCAAGAAACUGGAUUGUGUGUGGGGUUCAAGUUUCUGGACUAAAGUACAUCUUGACGACGGAGAACGUGAUUGUCCGGAGUGCAUUGUCUAUUGUAACGAUUCAUAAGGAAGUAGCAACUGGGGACGAGCUCAACUACGAUAUUAAGUAUAACAUUACACUGGCGGUACUGGAUUCAAUUUCGGAUGACUAUGUUACUGAAUGUGCAACCAUGUGGAACACCAGCAGAAUUUGGAAAUAUGACGACUGUCAACUAGUAGAACAACUAGACGGGCAUGUAACAUGUAGUUGCAGUGGAGUUGGUGUGGUGGCUGUAGUGGAUAGAAGAAGACCUCCAAAAGAAGAACUCCGUGAAAACAACGCAGUAUCAUCAGUUAUUAUAAUCGGAUGUGCAAUAUUUCUUGUUGCAAUUGCUUUUACUUUGGUCACAGUUCCCUUUAAUUUCAGGACUACGAACCCAGGACCACCUAUCAUUCUAGUAAAUGUUCUUUUUGCCAUGGCUGUAAACCAAUUUAUCUUCAUCUUUGGAGCUGGAGCAACCUCAGGCAAGGUAUUUUGUACUUCGAUAUCGCUUCUACUUCACUAUCUUCACCUGGUCGCCAGCUUUUGGAUGGUUACUUACGUUGAAAAUCUCCACAGACGGUUACUGAACUUCCCUGACACCAAGUUUAGAAUUUUUGGAUAUUUCUUGGUUUCUUGGAUAAUUCCUGCCAUUUUUGUCUUCUUUUGCUUUGCAUAUUACCCUAAUGGAUAUGAAACCACUCUUUAUUGCUGGCUAUCUGUGCACAGAGGAAUGGGAAUAUCUUUCCUUGUACCAAUGGUGUUGUUGAUAAUGGCGAAUACAGUGUUCAUCAUAGCGUCUCUGAGGAAAUAUCUCUUUCUUCGAGCCAUCACCCCGAGAGAUGAAAUCAAUAAAAUGCGGCUAUACCUUCGAUCGGCUAUGGCAGUUCUACCCUGGCAUUUUAUUAACUGGUUCUUCAGCGUUCUUGCUUUGGAAUACUCUUCUACAACCACGUUACAUUACGUAUUUGCUCUAACUAAUGCUACCCAAGGUAUCAUUAUAUUUCAGUCUAACUGGGCGUCUUAUCCUAAGGCUGAAAAUAUCUCCUUUUCUGGACCAACAAAAUCUAGAAAGUGUACCGAACCAAGAUAUCCGAAAACUGCCGAAACGGUAUCGGUUAUUUCACAGGUCGAAAAGGAAAUUUCCGCUUUGAAUCGCGGGAAUUUUUACGAAAGUGAUCGUCGUCCUUUGUUUGUGAAAUCUUCUGUGAGUGUUUUAGAUGUCGUUUAAAAUAACAGUUUUGGACAACCUGGAUCGUGUGGUAUUAACUUUACUCUUUUCAAGCAUUAAAUAUACUACAGUUGAAUAUUUAAAUUAAAAAAAGAACAACAACUUAAAAGUCACUACAAGAUCUACAACGUUAAAGUUAUUUAGAAUACAAAUCGAUUGCUUUCUGUCUUAACUAACGAUUACCUGACUUAAGCUGUAUAACAAAUUAUGAAUGACUAGUGUAAUUAGUUACAUCUACCUUUAAUUGUGUAAUAGUUCCUGGGUUUAUGAUCAACAUAAUAUUUAAUGAAGUUGUGGAUACAAAAUUUUCUUCAUCAUUUUUCAUGAAAGAGUACGUAAUGACUUGUAUAGUUCACAAAUGCAUACAUUCAAGUAUUGAACAUUUUUAGAUAGAAAACUGACUACAGUCAUGCUGUUCAUACUUCUUCACAUCAGUCUAAAAUUCUUCGUAUAUAUACUUUCAAAUAAUCGUGAAAAAUAAAUUUGUUUAAGCAUCAUAAGCCACCUUUAUCUUUCGGCUUUUUUUCACUAAUAUAACCUAUUUAACGUACUGCAAGAAAGAGUUUCAAUCAAAUAAUAGUAUGUUAUUAUUCUAACAUAAUACUGUCAGUGAUGACACAAAUGUAGCUGAAUUCGAUGUUUAUAAUAAUUACCCUUAUUUUAUAUAAUUAUCCAAGUAUAUGAACAAUAAGAAUGGAAAAUUUAAUGAUUUCUUUCUGGCAAAGGUUAUUUGGCCUUUGAAAACUGUGGCCAUCCAUCAGUUCCUGCCCCCCAGUGGCUUAGCAGAGAUAAGUGUGGUGGCUUAUAACGCUAAAAAC